AUGGCGGACUUCCAGACGGACCUAUCGAAGAGGAUCGACGACGUGGAGGCUGCUCUCGGUGCCCGCUUUACCACCCUAGAGAACGCCCACAAGUUGUUCGACGAUUGGCGUCCCCGAGUGGAUGCGACCAUCGACGACUUUCACGUCGAGCUAGGUGCGAUGCGCAAGACUAUGAAUCGAGUGGUUCCCGAUUCCAAGGCUGCUUCAUCGGCAGGCCUCCUCACCAAGACAAAGAUGGUUGCGGCGUCAGCAUCCGCCGGUAACCCAGUCAUCGGCCCUAAUGGGCACCGCGUCGACAAACAUCAACGGGGGGUUGGGUUUCAAACCUGUCUCCUGGUCAAGGGUACAUGUGGUUUCCCUGAACCCAAGCUCAUUCGGUCUAUAUCUCAUUCAUUGUUGGAGGGUUUGGGUCAUCAUCCGUUGGGUCCAUGUGUGCAAGCCAGGGUGCAUACAAUGAGUGCGGGUUUCAACAAGCAGAUAUUGGCUCAGAAGCUUUCGAAGCUUAAUAGCUCACAGCAGAGCAUAGAGACUUUAUCAAAUUGGUGUGUCUUUCAUCAUCGUUACUGCCAACAAGUUGUACAAACAUGGGAUUGCGAGUUCCAUGCAGCUCCUGUAGAGAGGAGGGUAUCUUUGCUGUACCUUGCAAAUGAUAUUAUGCAGAAUAGCAGAAAAGAAGGCAAUGGAUAUAUAACUGAAUUCAUGAGGGUCAUCCCUGCUGCCUUGAAUGAAGUGUUGACUGUCAGAGAUGAUUUUGGGCGGAAUGUCCCAAAAAGACUGAUUGACAUAUGGGAAGACCGUAAAAUAUUUGAUACUCAGGCACAAAGCCUCAAAGAUGACUUUUUCAGGAGGUUAAAGGACAUUAGAAACAAGUUGACAAAUAGGGGCAGUGAGCUGCUGGAGAAGGUUGUCUCUAGCUACAAACAUGUCCUGAAUGCUCCUAUGGAUGAGGAUACUCUGAUGCGGAAAUGCCAAGCAGCUCUUAUCAAUCUUGAUGAACUCAAUAAAACGUAUGGAAAUAACUCCGUUUUAGGUAGCAGCAAUCGAUCGGGCUUUAUGCAGGAGCUGCAGGAACAACAUAGCAUUCUCAGAAACUCCAUCGAACAACUCAAAAUGUCAGAAUCACUCAGGACCACUCUGAUUUCUCAUUUGAAGGAAGCGCUGAAUGAGCAGGAGCUCAAAGUGGAACAAGUCAGAAGCCAGCUUCAGGCAGCUCAGCCCCGAUUCAAGAGAGCUGCUGAGCUCUGCGUGGGGCUUGGAAGCAACAUGGAAAGGCAUCAGCCAUCAAAUCAAGGGCUUAAGAGGUCCAGCCUCUCUGAUCCACUUAGUACUGUUGCUCCAGAAGCUGCGAAAUCUCUUCAAAAGGGACAAUCAAGUGUAGUGUUGUAUUCAAAGGAGGGAAAUGGUGUUGAGCACAACGUGACAGAGACAAAGCUUGCUGCAGGUGCUGCUUCAGACAAUAUACGUGGUGGUGCUUUGCCUUCACGUGUCAAUGGGGGCAACACCAUUGUGAAAAUAGAAGAGCACACUUCUGGUAACAAGAGGCAGAAGCUAGAGGACGACACACAUAUUUCUCAGCCUCAAUCACAGUCACCACCACCGCCGCCGCCCCCAUUCCCUCAUCCUGAUGCAUUUAAACCACCACCACCACAGUAUCCUCCAUCACCAGAGCCUAGCCCGCCACCACUGCCGCCAAAUUCACCGCCACCCCAUAUAAUCCCCCCACCGCCGCCGCCUCCGCCCACAAUGCGACCCCAAAUGAUCUCACAUCUACCACCUCCAGCUGGUACGUUUGUACCUUUUCCUGCUGGACCACCUGGUCCAAUGUAUUGCACUUACCCACCUUUUACUCCUGUGGUCAACUUUCCCAUGACCAGCCCACCUGGUUUCCCUAGUCCAAACCCGCCUCCACCUUUUCAAGGAUUAGCGGGUACAUUCUAUGGCCCUCAGUUCCCCACCCCACCCCCACCAGCAGACAGGAAAUAA